GUGGAUGCCGUGUAGAUAAUAGUUAGAACGGUUAGGUGAGGGUUUUGUACUGUAGCAAAUCAGUUGUUUCCGAGUGAAGAGCGUGCGAAGUCCAAGUGAAAGCGAGAAGAUGCCUUGCCUUAACAUUUCUACAAACGUCGCCCUGGACGGCGUUGACACCUCCGCCAUCCUCUCCGAAGCCACCUCCACCGUCGCCAAGCUCAUCGGAAAGCCUGAGGCCUAUGUGAUGAUUGUGUUGAAGGGAUCAGUACCUAUUGCAUUUGGUGGAACUGAGCAGCCAGCGGCUUAUGGCGAGUUGGUGUCCAUUGGCGGCCUUAAUCCUGACGUGAACAAGAAACUGAGUGCUGCAAUUGCUACAAUCCUGGAGACAAAGUUGUCAGUUCCCAAAUCACGAUUCUUCCUCAAGUUUUAUGACACUAAGGCCCAUCAAAGUCAAGAAUAUGCACAGUGUUUGCACGCUUUACACCAGCAUUAGAUCAUGGUUCCAACUUUGGAUGGAAUGGUUCCACCUUCUAAGUUCAGCCUCUAGUCUUGUUUGCCCACAAACUCGAUGCAAUCAAUCAGAAAGCUGUAUCUCUAUGGUGAUGUAGUCGUAUCAUAAAACUUGGCUAUAUGGUAGGAUAUUACCUCGUUUUAUAUCUCUUUGGAGACGUGAUGUCUGGGAAAUUAGAUGCUUCCACCCCGUGGCUCCUUUAGGGGUUAAAAAAAAGGUAAAAACUUUUAUGUUCAUUUGGCAUUGCCAAUACUCAGUGUUGAAUUAUUUGAUUUUAAGAUUGCAAGUAAAACCCAGUGUGUUCUAAAGCUA